CCCCGUUCUCAUCCUCUCCACCUCCCCCUCCUUGUUCCUUGGUCUCGCCAUGUCCCUCUCUGCCUCCUCGUCUUCCAGCGUUCUCCGUCGUGCCGCCGCUGCCGUCAAGCCUGUGCUUGCUCGCGGUGCGCACAAGGAAAUCAAGUUCUCGAACGACGGACGCGCGAGCAUCCUCAAGGGUGUCGAUGUUCUUGCCGACGCGGUCAGCGUUACGCUUGGGCCCAAGGGCCGGAAUGUGAUCAUCGAGCAGUCAUUCGGCGGCCCGAAAAUCACGAAGGAUGGUGUUACUGUCGCGAAGUCAAUACAGCUCAAGGACAAGUUCGAGAACCUUGGUGCUCGGCUUGUACAGGACGUUGCUCAAAAGACCAAUGAGAUCGCCGGUGACGGUACGACGACUGCGACUGUUCUUGCGCGCGCCAUCUACUCGGAAGGUGUGAAGAACGUCGCCGCCGGUUGCAACCCUAUGGACCUCCGCCGCGGUUCGCAGGCCGCCGUGGACCGCGUCGUCGCGUUCCUCUCCGAGAACGCGAAGCCGAUCACUACCACCUCUGAGAUUGCGCAGGUGGCGACCAUCUCCGCGAACGGCGAUACCCACGUGGGCGGUCUCAUUGCACAGGCGAUGGAGAAGGUCGGAAAGGAGGGUGUGAUCACCGUGAAGGAGGGCAAGACGAUCGAGGAUGAGAUCGAAAUCACGGAGGGCAUGCGCUUCGACCGUGGUUUCAUCUCUCCUUACUUCAUUACGGAUGUGAAGACGCAGAAGGUCGAAUUUGAGAAGCCGUUGAUCCUCCUCGCGGAGAAGAAGAUCUCUGUUCUCGCCGACCUCAUGCCCUCCCUUGAAGCCGCUGUGUCGCAGCGCCGUCCUCUGCUCAUCAUCGCGGAGGAUGUUGACGGAGAAGCCCUUGCCGCGCUCAUUGUCAACAAGCUCCGUGGCCAGCUCCAGGUCGCCGCCGUCAAGGCUCCCGGCUUCGGUGACAACCGCAAGAACAUCCUUGGCGAUAUCGCUAUCCUUACUGGCGGCACUGUCUUCACGGAUGAGGUCGACGUCAAGCUCGAUGCUGCGACCCCUGACAUGCUCGGAUCCACGGGUAGCGUGACUAUCACCAAGGAGGAUACCAUCAUCCUCAAUGGCGAUGGCGGCAAGGACGCCAUCCAGGCUCGCUGCGAGCAGAUCCGCGGCGUGAUCUCUGACCCCACCACCAGCGACUACGACAAGACCAAGCUCCAGGAGCGCCUUGCCAAGCUCUCCGGCGGUGUUGCCGUCAUCAAGGUCGGUGGCGCUAGCGAAGUCGAGGUCGGCGAGAAGAAGGAUCGCUACGACGACGCGCUCAACGCGACCCGCGCGGCCGUCGAGGAGGGUAUCCUUCCCGGUGGCGGUGUUGCGCUGCUUAAGGCGUCCCUCGCGCUCGCGACCAACUCCCCUGCGGCUGGCGCGUCCACCUCCUCACCUGUCUCACCCGACGCGAAGCCGAUCGCUACGGCGAACUUUGAUCAGGACCUCGGCGUCUCCAUCGUCCGCCGCGCGCUCACCCAUCCCUCGCGAACGAUCCUGAAGAACGCCGGCGAAGAAUCCAGCGUGAUCGUCGGCACCCUGCUCCAGCAGUACGGCGCCAAGGACAAGUUUGAGUGGGGAUACGACGCCAGCCGUGGCGAGUACGUCGACAUGAUCAAGGCCGGCAUCGUCGACCCGCUGAAGGUCGUGAGGACGGCGUUGGUUGAUGCUGCCGGCGUCGCCAGCUUGUUGACCACGAGUGAGGCGUGCGUCGUCGAGGCUCCCGAGGAGAAGGCCCCAGCGGCACCGAUGGGUGGCAUGGGCGGUAUGGGCGGCAUGGGCGGCAUGUAUUAGAUGGACGAAAACCGCGGGCCAGAGGCCGGGUGAUGGCCUUUGGUGGGUUGAUCUCCACAAAAGUAUCCUGCAUCAUGGGCUGUUGUUAUCUGUUUCUGUCGCACGAUUCUUCGCACUACUCACGAUCCCCACGUCGCAUUCGCUACUGUUAUGUGCCUUAUAGUUAUACGUACUUUGCUAACGCUGCUCAAUCCGCAAUACAAUCCACCACUCACC